AGGAAGUCGAGAUGCCCCUACCACAGCGCGUGAUUUAGGACGCGUGCGCAGUAGGCUCAUCUGGCGGCUCUGUUUUGAAAAUGGUGGAGAAGAAAACUUCGGUUCGCUCCCAGGACCCUGGACAGCGGCGGGUGCUGGACCGGGCGGCCCGGCAACGCCGCAUCAACAGGCAGCUCGAGGCCUUGGAGAAUGACAACUUCCAGGAUGACCCCCACGCAGGGCUCCCCCAGCUCGGCAAGCGGCUGCCUCAGUUUGAUGAUGAUGCAGACACUGGAAAGAAAAAGAAGAAGACUCGAGGUGAUCAUUUUAAACUUCGCUUCCGAAAAAACUUUCAGGCCUUGCUGGAGGAGCAGAACCUGAGUGUGGCUGAGGGCCCCAACUACCUGACGGCCUGUGCAGGACCCCCGUCCCGGCCCCAGCGCCCCUUCUGUGCCGUCUGUGGCUUCCCCUCCCCCUACACCUGUGUCAGCUGCGGCGCCCGGUACUGUACUGUGCGCUGCCUGGGCACCCACCAGGAGACCAGGUGCCUGAAGUGGACUGUAUGACCCUAGGCGUCCCCAGAGAGGAAGGCCUUCCGUGUAUCACCUGGCCUCGGAGAGGGCAUCACUGAAAGGAAAGGCGCUCCCCCUGGACCGAGAGAGGAGCCCAACAGAGCUCGUGUCCUGUCCUCCAGGGAAGACCAGCCUUACUUCCAGGGACUGUGGCAGGGCAGUGGGCCGAGCGCUCAGAGUGCUGUUGUAAUAAAAGGUCUCAUGCGAGGA